AUGCCACUAUCAAGCCAAGGGAAGGCCUGGAUCGAAGUCUUUGACUCUGAUGUCGCAUGCAUCAUCGACGUUCUGUGCCUUGGCGAGAUGGGAAGAUCUUGCGAGUCUCGCAGCCACAAUCGCGCUUUCAGGAUGCUGAUUAACGUCAGCAUGACGAUGGUGGUCGCUCCUUUGACGUUCCUGUGGGACGGCCGCUGGCAAGAUCCAUCCUCCGUUCCAGGAGGCACCGAUACCUUAUCAAUGGACGUUUGCUUGGACUUUCUGUAUGCCAUAUACCUCCUGCUUAUGCUGGAAAUGUCCUACUUGCAUCCGGAGCAGAGAACAGAGAUCGUCACAAGCCGAAAGAUCCGGCGCUGGCGGCUGUGGUCCCCGAUUUACUGGCUGAAGUGGCUGAGUGUGACGGUCCACGUCUGGGCAGCAGCCCUUGGCUGGCCAUUGUUCAUCAACACCUUGAAGGUUGUUCGGGGCGGAGUUUUUAUUGAAUUGCCCGAUUCUCUCUGGCGCCUACGUGACAGCAGUGAAGUGCGGCUUACCAAGCCGAUCAUUCUGCUGAUCGGUGUCUCACAUUGGGUGGCAUGCUUGCUUUUUUGUUUCGGCGGAUUCUUGGAGAAUCUACAGCAGUUCGGGCCAGAAGCAUCCGAAACCACUUUCCGAGGAGAGGUGAUUGAUGGCAAAGUGUCAUCCUAUGUCGUUGCUUAUGUGGAGGCGAUCUACAUGCUGACUGGAGCUUUGGAUGGGCCGACAGGAGACGGGGCAAGAGAAGGGCAUUUCGGAGCGCUCAUCAUCGUGGUAAUCUUUGCUCCCAUUGGCCAGCUAGUUGUCUCGCUGUUUAUCGCGGCCAUCGUCCAGGAGCAAGAUCUCAAGAACGCGCUUGACAAGCGCCACAACGAGAACAAGGCUUUUAUGCAGCGAGCGGUGCAGACUCUUGGCAUUCCCAAGGAAUUGCAGAGGCGAGUCUUCAGCAUGCACUAUUUUCAGAAGAUGAGCCACGACAUUGAGGCCUUUCAGAUCCUUUUCGAUGGGAAAAACUUGAGCGGGGCCCUCUCCUCCGCGUUGAAGAUCUACCUCUACAAAGAAAGCGUCCUCAACUGCGCAUAUUUACGAGACAAGGAUCCAAACUACAUCAUCGAGGUGGUGAAGAUCCUGCAUGACGUUGUCUGCCUCCCGGGUGAAUAUAUUGCCCGCCGCGGUGAGAUCGCUCACCAAAUGUUUUUUAUCGCGCGCGGAACUCUUUCGGUGCUUGUACCCGAUGUGGACCAUCCGAACGAUGUGUCCUAUGCGAAAGCCGUUCGGCAGCUCAAGCUCUCCGACUACUUUGGCGAGGUUGCCCUGAUUAAGGAUUGCGUACGGACAGCUUGGAUUCGCGCGGACUCCUACGCGCUGCUCUCGUCGCUCUCCCGCUUCGACAUCGAGCCGGUUUGGAAGUAUUUCCCGGACUACAAAGACGAGUUGUCGGAACAGGUCAGCCAGGUUGCUGCCAAGGACAAGAAGAGGAAUGCCCAGAAUCGCUGGAAAAAUGUGGGGCUCGGUGAGAAGCGCAAGAAGCUGAUGGAAUACAAGGCUAAGGUACAAGCAGAGGCAGAAGCACCCUCCUCCAGAAAAACUGCAAGGGGAUCCAUCUUAGCAGCUUCAAUCCAUGACGAGCCUGACGACCAAGCAGUGCUGGAGUCCGGGGACUCGGCAGCUCUCAACUCACAGGAACCAGCAGAUGAGACCACCAAAAUGCUGACAGAACUUCUGCAGCGCCAAACAGGUCUGGAAAAGAAGUUUGAGGAACAGGGCCGCACCAUUGCCCAGAUCUUGGAAGCACUGCAGAGUCGCCCUGGCGAUUUGCCGCCCUUGCCGCCGCCCCCGACUCCGCCACCGAAGAAGGUGGUCAGAAAACUGAAGGUCAAGAGGGCUGCCGGCGCGGGGAUGCCAGAAGAGGCGGAAGAGCAACGUCCAGACAGCGUAGAUGUAGAUGACCCCGAAGCAGAGCCCUUGCUUGGGGAAGGUUCCAGCAUUGGGCCUGAUGCCGAAGAGGCUGCGUAG